AUGAGCUCGCGCGGCAUGGGGUUCUACUCGGACGAGGACAGCCUGAAAAAGUACACGCCGGAAGAAGCCGACCUCGAAGCCAAGAACGCCGAGCAAGUCAUCAACACACACCCUCUCGUCACGUCGUUACGAGCCCGCUCCGAUCUCACAGAGUCCAGGCCGCACAUGAAGAUGCCGGGUCAGUACCGCGCCAAGAGCCUCACGGGAGCCGCGCUGCUGGGUCCAGGCAGGGUCUCUGUGCCGCCGUACGCAUGGAACGACGAGCACGGCAAGGAGAUGGUCGCUCUGUUCCACGUGGGCGAGGACGUCUGCGGACACCCAGGCAUCGUGCACGGUGGGCUGCUCGCGACUAUACUGGACGAGGGUCUGGGGCGUUGCUGCUUCAAGAGCCUGCCUCAUAACAUUGCCGUGACGGCGAAUCUCAACGUGAACUAUCGCAAACCCACCCCGGCGAGCACGUUCCUGGUCCUCAAGGCGGAGACGUACAAGGUAGAAGGUCGCAAGGCCUGGGUCAGGGGCCGACUGGAGCAGCUGGCUGCGCCAGGCGAGAAGCCCAUUGUGUUUGCCGAGGCGGAGGCCCUCUUCAUCUCUCCCAAAUAUGCUGCGAUGAUGCCCAGGAUUACCUAA